CAAAUUUUAAAGUUUUAUUUUUCGUUGUUUGUUGAUUCGAUUUAUUCAAUAACGACAACAAUAUUAAUUAUAAAAAAUGCCAUCUCGAGCAGAGAAUAUUCUUACUGGAUUUAAAUUGAAUUGGAUGAAUCUACGUGAUGCCGAUAGUGGUGAUAUAUUCUGGGAAGGCAAUACUGAUUUAUCGAAACCGGAUAAAGAACAUGAAGCUCGCGUACCGAAAUCCAUAUUGAAAUGUCGUGCUGUAUCACGGGAAAUAAAUUUUACAUCAGCUGAACCGAUUGAAAAAUUUCGUCUAGAACAACGUGUAUUCUUUAAAGGACGAUGUCUUGAAGAAUGGUUUUUCGAAUUUGGCUAUGUAAUGGCUAAUUCAACGAAUACAUGGCAAUCAUUGAUUGAAGCCGCACCUGAAUCACAAAUGAUGCCCGCAAAUGUUCUUAAUGGUAAUGUAAUAAUUGAAACCAAAUUCUAUGAUGAUGAUCUAUUGGUAUCGACUACACGUGUACGUUUAUAUUACAUCUAAUAAUCUAAAAAUAAUUGACACAACCAGGACAUCGUUAUGAGCCACAAACAAAUUGUUCUUCCUCUAUUUAUCGAUCAAAACAAUAUCCGAAUACUAAUCCAUUUUAAAUUGUCAUGUUACAAGAGCAAUGAAAUUUCCUUUAUUGUUGAAAACAACAUCCACAUUCUCUUCCCUAUCACUUACAAACACACACACACAAACACAGCCAGUCAGUAUUAAUCAUUCAUCGAUUGUCAUACUUUUAAAUUACAAAAUAUUGAAUAUUGA